CCCAUUCUCUUCUUUCUCGAAUAAAUACGCUUCAACCCAGAAAACCGUUUUUUCUUGAAUUCUUUCAUUUGGGCUGCUUCUUCUUCUUCUUCUUCUGGAUUUUGAACAUUUGAAUCCUAGAUUUCUGCUGAAACCAUUAUUAAGGCUCUCAGAAAGAAGUUCUUGACUGCAUGGCUACCUUAGUGCUUUUUUCUUUUCUUGAUUUCAUUCUUUUUGGAGAAGUGGAUGAGGAGAUGAGAUAAGAGGUCUUCUUCAUGAUGUUCGAAUAAGAUGGUCCCAAAGCAUUGAAGUGUCCUCCUCUUAAGGAUCAGAAUAAAAGGUUGUGCAAAAAUCUCGAAGUAAUAGAUCUAUGAAUGGAAACAAAGAUAUGCGCAUGGAGGCAGGAAGCAACAAUUUGGCUAGCAGGCCAAACAUGGCAACAAAUUCCAUAACAAAGAAUUUCAAGGGAAGUGACAAUCAUCACAAUUUUCAAGACCAGGCAGCUGUGGAACUGUAUUCACAGUCUAGGGCUAAAGAGAAUGAGAUAAUGUUUCUUCGUGAACAAAUUGCUCUUGCCAGUAUGAAGGAAUCUCAGCUGUUGAGUGAGAAACAUUCACUUGAAAGAAAAUUUUCUGAGUUGAGAUUGGCUCUAGACGAAAAGCAAAAUGAAGCCAUAACUUCUGCCUCAAAUGAAUUGGCCCGGAGAAAAGGUGAUCUUGAAGAAAAUCUGAGAUUGAUUAAUGAGUUAAAGAUUGCAGAAGAUGAGAAAUACAUCUUUAUGUCAUCAAUGCUGGGGUUGUUGGCAGAGUAUGGCAUUUGGCCUCGUGUUACUACUGCAUUUACUCUUACGAACAGCAUUAAGCACUUGCAUGAUCAACUGCAAUCGAAGAUUAAAACUUCACAUGAUAAAAUUGAAGAGCUAAAUGCAAUAGCUGGAAAUCAUACUGGCAAGGAGAACCCUAGUGCUGGCCCCAUUAUGGGUCAAUUUCCUAACAGUUCCAUGGGCAUGGGUGGAUCUUCUCAUCAAAACCACUAUUUAGAUGGACAUCAAAUGGAGCCAGCCGAUGGUGUACCGACGUACAUACAAGAGAAUGAUCAUCAACAAACUGGAAGUUUAAUGCUUAAUCAUGGAAUAUAUGGUUCACGGAGUGCAGAUAAUCAUUCAAAACUUACAUCUGAUAAUGAUAGGGGUGUUGUAGGUUCUGAGGUAGACAAUAUAUUUGACAGAAGUGGCAUAAAUAUGAGACCAGAUGAAAAUGAUCAGUUUUACCACUCUCCUAGAGUUGGUUCUUUAACUUCAGAAGGAGAGGGUCCUGGAAUAGAAGGCUUUCAAAUUAUUGGAGAUGCUAAACCUGGAGGAAAGCUUUUAGGCUGUGGAUAUCCUGUUCGUGGAACUUCUCUCUGUAUGUUUCAGUGGGUUCGUCAUUAUCCAGAUGGAACUAGGCAGUACAUCGAGGGAGCCACCAACCCCGAAUAUGUAGUUACAGCUGAUGACAUCGAUAAAGUUAUAGCUGUAGAGUGCAUACCAAUGGAUGAUCAUGGACGCCAGGGAGAUCUUGUCAGGCUAUUUGCAAAUGAUCAGAACAAAAUAACAUGUGAUCCUGAUAUGCAACUGGAGAUAGACACCCAUAUUUCAAAUGGCCAAGCGACAUUCAAUGUUCUAAUGCUUAUAGAUUCUUCCGAGAAUUGGGAACUGGCAACCAUAUUUUUGAGGCGAUCAAGUUUCCAAGUCAAGGUUCACAGAACGCAGGAAGUGGCAAUUGCAGAGAAAUUUUCCAGAGACUUGUCGGUUAAAAUUCCCAAUGGGGUCUCAUCACAGUUUGUUUUAACAUAUUCUGAUGGUUCUUCACAUUUUUUCAGCACAAACAAUGAUGUUAGAAUGCGUGAUACACUAGCAUUGACAAUAAGAAUCUUCCAGACGAAGGCGAUGGACGAAAAGAGGAAGGGGAAGAGCAUGAAUUCUUCAUAGGAGUACAGUUUUUGUAGCUAUAUAGUAUUCUUUUAGAAAAUAGAAAAUGUGAAAAUAACGAGAUGCACAUAUUCUUGUAUACUAGUUUUUAGUAAGUUAAUAAAAUUAUAUUUUGUUUUCCACUUUCCUGUUGUAAAGAGUAUAACUUUUGGUCUUUAAAUUGUUAAUUGCAUAUUUGAGUUCCCAUCA